AUGGAAGAUGCAGAUAUUAAGAUCGCCAUGAUUGGCGUGUUUGUUAUAUUUGUGGCCGCCUUCAUAGCACUUGUAGUAAUGUUAUGGAGGCGAAACCUGGAGGCCAAAAGGCGGCGAAGGCAGCUGCAGAGACUGCGGGACUGCCCGCCGGCCGAGCCGUUUGCGCCGCCGGCGCCGCUGCCGGCGAUUGUUGACGCGGCGGUGGUGUUCACGUCCCAUGAGGAGGCGCAGCGCCACGUCGAGGCAGGCGUCGCGCCGAUCACGCGCGUGCACAGCGAGCAGCAGAUGCCUUGUUUUUGCGCUUCCCCUGGCCGCCUCGGCAGCCCCGGCGCCGCGGCGGAGGGGAACGUCCUGCCUCGGGCCGCGCCCGGGGCGGUUAUGCGGGGCUUGCCCAUCGACCGCGGCCGCGGCCUGCCCAAGGUGGACGCGGACAGCUGCGGCUUGCGCCACCUCCCCGGGACGAGGUACCAACUGCGCGCCGCCAACGUCGUCUACGGCGAGGCGUCGUACCUCCCGGGCAGCGGCGGUGCGGCGUCGGAGGAGGAGGGACGGCCUGGGGCGGCCUCGCAGUCCCCGGGCGAGGGCCAGCGCCCUUGA